CAAGAGUAUUUCGUGCACGAGUCGAAUGCCGGAAGAAAUGAGACCAUUCGAUGCUAGUUUCGCGUCUCAAUAACCAAGUUUUAAUGAGAUAUCUUGAAUUCGUACAAACUUUCCAUCGCAUCAGCUCCCCCACACCUCAGAAAUGAUGAGAAAAACUGAUUUUUCUUUAACAUGCUUUCCCUUUUCACUUAAUUAAUCCGUGGCUCACACAAACAACGCUUGUGCAACAAAAAGAAAUCGAGAGAAGGGAAAUGGCUUCAUCAAAACCGGAAGCUGACUGGUCUGUAGCAAGGAAAGGAAUUUCACUGCUGUUGAACAAUAAAACUGAGGAAGCCGAGACCCUAUUCACCCAGCAUCCACGCAGCUUCCAUAUCAAGGCCGGCCAGGGCUUUGUUUUGUUCAUGAACGCGCUCAUGACUUUUGAAGAUGACAAGCUGCAGCAAGCGGUGCAACUCCUGCGGGAUAUGGAAAGGGAAUGUACAGACGAUAUAGGCUGGAUCAAGUCUAUGAAGACUAGGGUCUUCGGAGAUGAUACUUCUAAUAGUGAGUACGUGAAAAAAUUGGAGCGUCAAGUGGUGCUGGCGGACUCGCAGGUAUGCGCGGCGUUGCUAACGCUCUUGCAACAAGAAAUCACAGGCUACGUAAGGGGUGGCUGGAUGCUCAGAAAAGCCUGGAGGGUCUACCAGCACACCUACAAUCAGAUACUGCAACUUUACAGACGCACCUUCGGUAGCGCGCCCUCUGGUUUCACAUCGAUUUGCAGUACACCAAGUGGCAACGGUAAUGGGCCGACUUCUCUACUCCAAAGUCCAACGAGUCCAACGAGCCCAACCUCCAGCUGGUCAAUACCCUCGUGGAACGGCUCUUCGGUCGGUUCGGCCCCCUUGCCUUCAACAUCGUCCUCCUCACCGUCAGGUCUGCGCAGCUCUCUAUCAAUGCUCUUCUCGCUCGCCGGAAUCACGACCGAGCAGCAGACACCUUUUGUUGAACCAUCCGAGGUGAGAAGACUCAUGUCAGCCAUAAGUUUUGGGUACGGAAUUUUUCAGCUGUGCGUCAGUUUAUUGCCACCCUCGUUGUUAAAAGUCAUACACUUUUUCGGCUUCGAAGGUGACAGGCAAGCCGGCCUUACGGCCCUCAUGUACUCGAGGCUCAGCGAGGAUAUGCGCGCACCUCUCGCCACAUUAACGCUUCUCUGGUAUAACACGAUCGUACGUCCAUUUUUCGCCCUCGAUGGCUCGAAUGUGAAAGCUGGCGUGGAAGCGGCUAAGGAACUGAUUCGGGAAAGCAAGCCAGAAUUUGAAUACUCAGCGUUGUUUUUAUUUUUCACGGGUAGAAUCGAAAGGUUACAGUCUAAUAUAAACGGAGCCCUGAACGCCUACCAGAGAGCUGUCGACCUGUCAGCCCAGCGUGAAGUAAAGCUGCUUUGUUUGCACGAAGUUGCCUGGUGCCAUUUAAUUCGACUUGAUUACGAAGACGCCCAUAUUUCACUCGCCCAGUUACAGGAAGAGUCUCGUUGGUCCAAGAGCUUUUACGCGUAUCUUGCCGCUGUUUGUUCAGGUGCCAAAGGAGACCUUGAAAAUUUGCUGCUGAUCUAUAGGAAACUCGUGCUCUGCGUCGCAGGAGUGGCUCGAGAGACGCAACUUGGCCUUUUUAUCUCGAGACGAACCCCAAAACUGAUAGACCAGGACGUCGGACGAGCCUACCCAAUUUCGUAUUAUAAGCUGCUGGUUUACGAGCUGCUCUAUUUGUGGAACGCUUUACCCUCAUGUUGCAUUGAUGCGUUACGCAGUAUUUUGAUGGAGUGCAAAAAUAGUCAUACUGAGGAACCAAUGGACGGCUUAUCAGAUUUGAUCGAAGGUUCCGCUUAUGCCUAUCUUGGAGACCGAGAAGCGGCCACGAGGAGCUAUCGUAACUGCUUGAGGCGUCGACUACCUGCAAAAGAUUCCAUAGACCAGCAUAUCAGUGCUUUCGCACUGUACGAGCUCGGCAGUAUCCUUUGCAUGGAAAGCAGUACCGUGGAAGAAGGCAGAUGCAUUCUUCACAGAAUUCAUACAGAGUACAAAGAUUAUGACUUCGAGAGUCGCCUAAAUGUCCGAAUCCACGCUGCGUUGAAAAAAGUAUCGUAAACCAACAGACCAGAGUGUAACUACAGUGUGAACAAUGUUUUUUCAGCGCAUUAUAAAAUACGUAAUUAUA